GCGGCGGUGGCGGAGGGCCUGCGGGGGGCUCCGGGGCGGCCUGCCUUCCCUGCGGCGGAGAGCGAGCGAGCGAGCGAGCGGCGGCCGAGCGGGAGAGGACGAGCGAGCCCUUCGCCAGAGGCCUCCGCCGCGCCCUUCCUGCUCCGUCCAGGCGGGGCCCGGCGGCCGCUGCGCCCGAGCGCCGGAGAUGCGGGAGCGGCGGGCGCAGAGGGCCGGGCGGAGCGUGAGGCCGGGGCGCGGGGCGGCGGCGGAGGCGGCGGCGGCGGCGUCCCCCUGAGCGGCCGGUGGAUCUUGUCCUCCAGCGCCAUGGCUUCCGACCUGGAAAGCAGCCUCACCUCCAUCGACUGGCUCCCCCAGCUCACUCUUCGGGCCACCAUUGAGAAAUUGGGGGGGGCUUCUCAGUCGGGCGCCCCGGGAGCUGGCCGGAAGUGUCCGCCCGGCUCCCCCACCGACCCCAAUGCCACGCUGAGCAAGGAUGAGGCCGCCGUGCACCAGGACGGGAAGCCUCGCUACAGCUACGCCACCCUCAUCACCUACGCCAUCAACUCCUCGCCCGCCAAGAAGAUGACCCUCAGUGAAAUCUACCGCUGGAUUUGCGACAACUUCCCCUAUUACAAGAACGCGGGCAUCGGCUGGAAGAACUCCAUCCGGCACAACCUUUCGCUGAACAAAUGCUUCCGGAAAGUGCCUCGUCCCCGGGACGACCCUGGGAAGGGCUCCUAUUGGACGAUUGACACCUGUCCCGAUAUUUCCCGGAAGAGGCGCCAUCCGCCGGAUGACGAUCUGUCACAGGAUUCCCCGGACCAGGAGGCCAGCAAAAGCCCCGGGGGGGCCGUCUCUCUGGGCCCGGAGGCCUCCUCGCUCUCCCCCGAGUCCAACCAGCAGCUCUCCUUGCAAAGCACACACCCCAGUUACGGCCAGAGCGCGGGGCCCGUGGAGGUGGCUGCCACGGUGGCGGGUGGACAAGGCCGGGAAGGGACCGAGGGGCCACCUCCGCACUACAGCACCAGCAACGACCUGAAGUUCUCCUACUCCGAAAUCAACUUCCAGGAUCUGAGCUGGUCCUUCCGGAACCUCUACAAAUCGAUGCUCGAGAAGUCCUCCUCCUCCUCCUCCCAGCACGAUUUCUCCUCCCUCCUGGAGCCCUCCAACCACAGCUACUACAUGUACCAGCAGCCACAGGGGCCUCCCUCCGUCGGAGCUGCGCUGCCCCUCCACACUCCAACCUCGGAGAGCUGCCAGUCCCAGAGCAGCAAGCAGCAGGCGGGGGACGGCUACGGCCCCCCUCCCGUGAUGUCUCUGCACCCCUCUGCCAUGCAGCACGGAGGGUACCACCAGCACCAUCAUCCCCACGCCCACCCGCAGCAGCAGCAGUCUCAGGCCUCCCUCAAUAACGCCAGCUUUGCUUUCCCCCCCGACUGGUGCUCCAACAUCGACUCUCUGAAGGAGAGCUUCAAGGUGGUCAACCGGCUCAACUGGUCCAGCAUUGAACACUCCCAGUUCUCAGAGUUAAUGGAGAGCCUCCGCCAGGCCGAACGAAAGAACUGGUCCUUAGACCAGCACCACAUUGCCAACCUCUGUGACUCCCUGAACCACUUCCUCACCCAGACCGGGCAGCUCCCUCACCUGGGGGGGCCCCCACAGCCCCCCCGCAUCUCCGAGUCCUGUGCCCUGAACAGCAACAAGCAGGAGCAGCCCAUGGGCCAAGUGAACUAUGGUCAGCCGGCACCUCCCCACCUGUAUUCGGGACCCUCUCCGAUGUACCCGAUUCCCACCCAGGAUUCGCCAGGGUACAACCGCCCAGGUCACCACUUGGUUUCGCGGCCCCCUCCAGGAGCCCCCGAGGAGAUCCCGGAUGAUUUCAAUUGGGAUUUGAUCACCUAGCAAGCGAGAGACUUGGAAGGCCGCCCCUCCCUCCCGGAGGGUCCCUUGCAGGGGGAGGAAGCUGUGCGGCCAGUCCCAGGCCAGGCUCGGCCUCCUUCCUUGCCUGUAAAUAGAUAUAUAUUCUCUACUUCAGCCUGAGAAGCUGCCACGAGAUGCUGCCCGAGAUAAUCUCCCUCGCGCUCCUUGUUUUUACCUUCUUCUUCUUCUUUUCUUCUUCUUCUUCCUUAUUAUUAUUAUUAUAUCAUCAUCAUCAUCAUCAUCAUCCUUGUACCCAGCCCUUUUCGCGCUCUCUGCCAGCUUCGGACUUUUACGCGCUUAGCGGGCACCUUGUCUGGGUGCCAGUGGGGAGGAGGAGACUUCCAAAGAACGGAGGGCGCCUUUCAUCGUCAUCACCGUCUCCCCUUGUACAAUUCCUCUUUCCCCCAGAGGUGGCCAGGGACUCCCUUGAUUGCUGCUGAAGUGAGCGCGCCCGUGGAUCUUGAGAGUCUGUAAGAAUUAUGUUCUUCCUAAAUGUCGUAACGUACAUGUGUGUGGCGGUGAGGGGGGGGGGAGUUGGACUGAAGGAGGACUCUGCCCACUUCCUUGCACCAGCGAGCACCAGCGAGCGAAGACGGGAGGAAGACGGAGCUCGGAGAGACUGGCUGGAACGGGAAGCGAGGAGGAGGAGGAGGGGGGGGGAAAUCGUCCGACUUGCAACGCAAAGGCCGUUCGGCUGUUUGGCGGCUGCUGAAAGAGGAGUGGGGGGGGGGCCUCCCUGCCCUUUCGCCCUUCAGCCCUUGGCAGAUGAGAAGAGCCGGACAGGCCCGCUCCCUCCGUGUCAGGUGGGCUGGACCAGACCCCCGCCCACUGCCGCCAGAGCUGCUCCCACUGCCUCCUCCUCUCUUCCCCUCCUUGAAGGCAGCAGAGGAGACAAUCAAGAAGAGCCAUCCUCUUCUCCCCUUCAAGGGCCUUUUUGUUUUCAAACGUCUGGAUUUGACUUCCCCCCCCCCCCACCAACCCCUCAUUUUGCUGGAACGUGUUGUGACUUGUGAUGCAAACGUGGAGGAGGGUCUUCCCCCCCCCCCCUGCCUUGUACAGCUGAGCAAGGGAGGCUUCCUGCACGGGGGAUGAAGCCGGGCAGAAAGAGGAACAUUGUGCCAGGCAGAACGGAGCCCCUCCUGCGGCCAGGAGAGCAUCCCGACCUCUGAAGGGGACGGGGCACUCCGCGGUCGACUGGGGCGGGACGAUGGAGACCCCCUUCCGCUGCAGGGAGGGUGGGGAAUGGCAGAGGCCGGGUGGAGGAGCGUAGGCAGGCCCCUCCGAGCGUGGGUGCCACAAACGGUGCCCGCCGGGGAUUCCACUUUGAGCUGGCUCUGCCGGGGUCUCCCCUUCCUAGUGUGCUUCUUUUGGGGCCGGGCCCCUCCUUCCCCUGCAUGCCCCUCCAUCUGCCAGCCUGCUUCGUAGGGUCAGCCGAGGGGAGGGAGGUGGGGAGAGCCAGGUUGGAUGCAGAACCACCAGGGGGUUGGAGGUUCCACUGCUGGGGAGGGAGGGAGGGGAGUUUGGCCGGGGGGGGGGGCAUCGUCCGGUGAUCUCAAGGGAGACCCUGAGCCAGAUGUGCAGCCCUGGUGCUCCCACCUGUCGUGAGAAGGUUGCCUGAGGCAGGAGGCAGGGAUGGCUUCACUCCAGGUUUUGGGCAGGGCGGCUUCUGAAGAUGACCCCCCCACCCCACCCAAAGGGUCGUUCAGGGAGGCAAGAGAUCAUCCAUCAGGCUCUUCACACAGUUGCGCCUUUUUGCAUAUGUAAAUCUAUGCCAGUCCGUGUCCCAACCGCUCUCGUCCCCCCCCCCCCCCCGGUCUCCUUCUGCGUAAAGAAACUCUGUCCUCCUGGGGUGCCAUCCGAGGCUCUGCCAGCGGCCGUCCCUUUCCGUCUGCCUGGGGAAAGGGGCUCAGCCACGGAGGGGGAUCCCUCGCCUGCCCAUUGCUCCAUGGGGCCCACAAUGCUUGGUGCCGAGGAGGGGAGGGGCGGCCUCACAAAAAUUAUUUUUGUGCAUGCUUUCUUAAUUAAAAAAGUGAAUGUUUAUGGUUUAA